UUUCUCCCCUGUUCGCGCCCUUCUCCCCCUUCCCUCGCCUGUUUCUGCCGCCUCAAACCACCAUCACCGUCGCCUCUCGGCGCGGUUUCACCGCCCAGGCUGAGCCCCAGCCUCCCUCCUCUCUUCCUCCUCCUCGUGUUCCUCCUGUUCGUGUUCCCCUGCUGCUCGUGCCCUUCAAUUUCAGAAACAAAGUUUCUGAAAUUGAAACUUUGUUUUAUUCCCCCUUAUUCAAGUUGGGCCAAAUCAAUUGGGCUUUGGAAAUUGGACUCGGAGUUCAGGAAGAACGAUCCAUCGAACAGGAAGUAUAAACUACGGUUGAGAUCGGCGAUGACUUCAAGCGGAAAUAUUCCUAUUGACGGCACUAGAAACGACAACGAUGUUAACGAUGGCAAUGGUAAUCACAAACCUGCAUUAACGCUGGAAGGAAUGCAAGAAAGAAUUGAAGAAUUGCGCAAGGAUCCCAUUUUCGGUGACACCCCAGGAGAAACGAGUGAUAAUCGAAUGGACUUAAUGAGAUUGAUAAUGUCGGAACUUCUGCAAGGAAAUCGUCAAAAUCCAAGGUCAGAGCAAGAAGAAUGCUCCAACAUGUUCAAGAAGUUCGCUUCUCAUAAUCCCCCUACAUAUGAUGGCAAGCCAGACCCUACCGAAUUUGAAGAAUGGAUUAGCGAUAUGGAAAAGCUAUUUGAUGCUACGCAAUGCCCCGAGAAGUGGAAGGUCAACUAUGCCGUCUUUUACUUGAAAGGACAAGCCAACCUAUGGUGGAAAAAUGUUAGAGGAAUCCAAAAUGAGCCUGGUUUUGGUUGGGAAAAACUGACGGAACCUAUGCGGGAAUAA